UGAGAGGAUCUCAAAUCCGUGGUUGAAAAACUACACUAGAUGCCACUACGGCGGCUGCGGAUCCGCACGCUCUCCACCGCUGCCGCCCACCACCCGUUCGACGGAAUUCCCCACCCGUCGCUCGCCCGCCACCGCCGCGUCAACCCCAUCGCCUUCUCGGCCGCCGUCAGGGCGUCCGACCCGGCCUCCCUCCCGGCGCUCCACGCCGUCGCCGUAACCACCGGCCUCCACGGCUUCGCCGCCGUGACCAACUCCCUCGCCGCCCGCUACGCCAAGACCGGGUCGUUCCCUUCCGCCGUCGGGGUGUUCGCCGCGGCGCGGGCGAGGGAUGUCAGCUCCUACAACACCAUCCUCUCCGCGUUCCCUGACCCGGCCGAGGCGCUCGACUUCGCGUCGUGGAUGCUCCGCUCCGGCGCCGUGCGGCCCGACGCCGUCACGUGCACCGUCGCGCUCUCGCUGGCCGCCGGCCGGGGGGAGGGCUUCCUCGUGCGGCAGCUGCACGCGCUGGCUUGGCGGUCCGGGCUCGCGGCUGAUGUGUUCGUCGGCAACGCGCUCGUCACUGCGUACUCACGUGGAGGGUCUCUCGGGGAGGCCAGGAGUGUGUUCGACGAUAUGCCGGCGAGGGACCUCGUCUCAUGGAACGCGUUGAUCUGCGGGCUCGCGCAAGACGGCGACUGCCCGGCCGAGGUGAUUGGCGUGUUCCUCCGGAUGCUCAGGGACGGCGACGUCCAGCCUGACCGGAUAUCGGUCUGCAGCGUGAUCCCGGCAUGUGGCGGCGAGGGGAAGCUCGAGCUCGGCCGGCAAGUCCAUGGCUUUGCGGUGAAGCUGGGCGUCGAGGGAUACGUCUCCAUCGGCAACGUGCUCGUCGCGAUGUACUACAAGUGCGGCGCUCCCGGCAGCGCCCGGAGGCUGUUCGACGCCAUGAGCGAGCGCGACGUCGUGUCAUGGACCACGGCCAUCUCCAUGGACGGCGAGGACGCCCUCACGCUGUUCAAUGGCAUGCGGCGAGACGGCGUGCCGCCGAACGAGGUCACCUUCGUGGCGCUGAUGUCGGCGCUGCCAGCGGACUGUCCGGCGAGGGGAGCGCAGAUGGUCCACGCGGCGUGCCUCAAGGCCGCCGUGUCCGGCGAAGCGGCGGCGUCGAACAGCCUCAUCACCAUGUAUGCCAAGGCGCGUCGCAUGGACGACGCGAGGAUGGUGUUCGACCUCAUGCCUCGCCGGGAGAUCAUCGCGUGGAACGCUGUGAUCUCGGGCUACGCGCAGAACGGCCGGUGCAACGACGCCCUCGAGCUCUUCUCGUCCAUGGCCAGGUGCCUGACACCCAACGAGACCACGUUCGCGAGCGUCCUCAGCGCGGUGACCGCGGUGGAGACGGUGUCCAUGGCGUACGGCCAGAUGUACCACUCCAGGGCUCUCAGCAUGGGCUUCGGCGACAGCGAGUACGUCGCCGGCGCCCUCAUCGACAUGUACGCGAAGCGUGGCAACUUGGAAGAGUCCCGGAAGGCGUUCCACGAGACGGAGCAGCGGAGCCUCAUCGCCUGGACGGCGAUCAUCUCGGCGAACGCCAGGCACGGGAGCUACGGCGCCGUCAUGAGCCUCUUCGGCGACAUGGCGCGCUCCGGCGUCGCACCGGACGGCGUCGUGCUCCUCGCCGUCCUCACGGCCUGCCGGUACGGCGGGAUGGUCGACGCCGGCAGGGACAUCUUCGACUCGAUGGCUGCCGAUCGCGGCGUCGAGCUGUGGCCGGAGCACUACUCCUGCGUCGUCGACAUGUUAGGCCGGGCAGGGAGGCUGGCGGAGGCUGAGGAGCUCAUGAUGCGGAUGCCGGCGGGGCCGAGCGUGUCGGCGCUGCAGAGCUUGCUCGGAGCCUGCAGAAUCCAUGGCGACGCGGAGAUCGGCGAGAGGAUCGCCAGAAUUUUGACGGAGAAGGAGCCGACGGAGUCCGGCGCGUACGUCCUCCUGUCGAACAUCUACGCCGACGUGGGCGACUGGGACGGCGUCGCCAAGGUGAGGAGGAAGAUGAGGGACAGAGGCGUCAAGAAGGAGAUCGGGUUCAGCUGGGUGGACGCCGGCGCUGGCGAGGCACUGCAUUUGCACAAGUUUUCGUCGGACGACACGACGCAUCCGCGUACAGAAGAGAUAUACGCAGUGGCCGAUGUGUUAGGCUGGGAGAUGAAAUUUCUGAAGAAUUGUUCGCAAAUGGAAAUGAUCUUGAUCUGAUACAUCAGUAUAAAAUUAAUCGAAACCGAACUGUGGUGCAUAACUGUCUUUUUACGAUUUUUCUGAUCGAAACCAACCCCAAAUUUAACAA